AGGAGGUAAAAUGCGGUAAACCUGCAAAUCUAAAGAAAAACCCUUUAUUCAUACCAAUCAUUUGUAUCAAAUUUACUGGUUGGCAUUUCCGUUGACUGUCUGACUCUGACUCGCUUAAAAUAAAAACAGAAAAAUUGCCUUGAAGUGAGAUUCGAUAUGUUUCUUAAAGAUAGCAUUAUGAUCCUUCUGUUGAAUAUAACUCCAAGAAGCUCUGAGAUUUCUUACUUUCAGCAGUUUCUCUCACGUGGGUCUAAUUGAUAAUCUCAAUUGAUUCUUUCUUUGUUGGGUUCGGAUUUUCUGUCAGCUUAGCUUCACUCCCUCGGUUGUGGGAAAGGCUUUUGAACGGAGUUGGUUGUAACAUCUCUCUCAACAAGAUUCUGGUCACUGGAGAAAAUUCCUGUUACAAGGUGUCUGCUCAUACCUUUGAUGGAGACUAGAACAAACAUGGUUCAGACACUGGAAGCUAUAAAGGGUGGUGGAGGAUCCAUCAGGGUUGGGACCACUGGGACGGUCAGUUCCCUAAUGACAAGAGAAUUAGAGUCCAUCAAAGUUGCACCUCCGACGCCUGCAUCUUCCAGAAGUAAACAUCAAACAGCUUCUGUUUCUGUUCCCUGUGGUGCUACUACUCCGAAAAAGCUACAACCAAAAAAAUCAUGUGAUGAAGCUAGCAGCAGUGGAACCAGCAACUACAUUAAUCAGAGACGCCCUGAAAUUUCACAGAAAACAAAAACUCAUGCUAAAAAGACUAGUCAGAUCCCGAUAUUGAGCUCUGAUAAUGUUGGCCUGGAUAGAACUCCUAGUAGGCAGAAAACUAGUAAAAAAGGACCUAACAUUGUUGAAGUUGUGGACUUAAAAUGUGGGAACUCAGAUAGAGCAUGGGCUGGCAAUAUAACGAAUCGACUGAAGAAGCUGGGCUUCUCAAAGCUCUCUGAGAGCAUUGUCUAACCUGAGGAAACCAUGCCUUUAAAUUGUGGCUGAGGCUUGUGUGAGCUACAUCUGCUGCUUAAUUCGAGGUGGCUGAAGUGCUCAAUUUCUUUCAUUAUGAGGGAUCCAACAGUGCCUCUGGUGCCUAUUUCCACGGGAGCAUAUGCAGCCAUUUUUGCAGCAUCUCUGUUGGCAAUGGUGCUGGAUUUAGACAUGUUUGGUUCUGUUGGAGUGGAGGGGUUGGCUUGUGGAUGAAAAGUGGUGGUUUGGGGUUCAGUCUUGGGUGGGGAAUGUGCUUUUCUUUUGGGACAUAUGGUGUUUGGCCUUUUGCUAUUUCACAAGGAUUCUUUGCUUUGUGUUCUUUAUCUAAAGUGAACAGCAUUUGUUGGGUUGGCUGGUUAUAUACUCACCUCAUUCAUGUGCUUACAGAUAAAAAGGUAGAAUCCCUUAAGCUACCACACCUUCUUUCUCUCUAUUUUAUUUUAUUUUUAAAUUUGACCAUUUGGGUCUCAUUUACUGAUUUAAUAUAGUUUUCCAUACUUGGAUUAUGUAUUGGAUUCAUUAUGACCGUCGGAUCUUGCGGAACAAUUUUAGUUUGAUGUAUUAUGUUGUAUUGCAAAUCAGUCAGUAAAAGUGACGGUGUUGGAUUUUAUUUGCUUUUUGAA